CAAAUAACAAUUUGACAAAUUUUAGAUUUCUAUGGAUGUAGAAAUAUUUUAAAAGAGGAUAAACUAUUGUUAAAUUUGAGAAAAUUGAGAGAGUAAUUGUUGAAACCGAAAUUCUAAACUUUAAAAACCAUUCUAAAAAAGAUUUGGUGAUUGUAAAAAUCAUAACACAGGCCGCAUGCGCAGUACAAAAGUUCAAAUGUCAUUCUUUGGAUGAAGGCUAGAGCGCUAAACAUUUUUCAUUCUUCAAAAACCGAUUUUAAUAACAGUAUUAUAAAACUUUUCCAGUAAAUAUUCCAGAACCGCGUUGUUAAUAUCUUGCAGUAGCCGUAGUAAAUUAAAAUUUGAUCCAAUGGCCUCUCCGGUAGAUAUUUCACCGAAUAAAGACGGAGGUGUGUUGAAAGAAAUACUCCAGGAAGGUACUGGAGAGGAACUACCACCCCAAGGAAGCAAAGUUACAGUACACUAUACUGGUACCUUAACUGAUGGAACCAAAUUCGAUUCUAGCAGGGACAGAAAUGACCCAUUCCAAUUCGAUUUGGGAAAAGGUAAUGUAAUCAAAGCAUGGGAUAUUGGUGUAGCUACCAUGAAGAAAGGGGAGCGGGCCAUGUUGACAUGUGCCCCUCAAUAUGCUUAUGGUGAAAGUGGCAGUCCUCCGACUAUUCCUCCAAAUUCUACUCUCAAAUUUGAUGUUGAAGUAUUAAGCUGGAAAGGAGAAGAUUUGAGUCCGAAUAGAGAUGGAGGCAUAGAGAGAAUCCAAAUCACUGCUGGCGAAGGAUAUUCGACUCCUAAUGAUGGGGCUCAAGUUGAAGUUCAUCUCAUUGGAAAACACGACGGUAGGAUUUUUGAUGAGAGGGAUGCAGCUUUUGCUGUUGGAGAAGCAUCAGAAGCUAAUGUAAUCUCAGCCAUUGACAUAGCGAUACAAAAAUUCAAGAAAAACGAGACCUCUAGACUUAUUGUUCAUCCUAAAUAUGCCUUUGGAGCUAAUGCUUCACAAGAAUUCAACAUUCCAGCUAAUGCUACAGUAGAGUAUACAGUUACACUAAGAAACUUCGAGAAAUUAAAAGAAAGCUGGUCACUUGAUUCCGAAGAAAAAAUUCAACAAUGCAAAUUGUUUAAGGAAAAAGGAACAAACUACUUUAAAAAUGGGAAGUAUGAAUCUGCCGUGAAGUUGUACAAGAGGAUACAUAGUUAUUUGGAGAAGGAUACUGAUACUGACACUCAAGAAGACAGAAAUGCCUUGCUACUAGCUGCACAUUUAAACAUCGCCCUAUGUCAAUUGAAACUUAAAGAGUACUUUGAAGCUCGCUCAGCUGCUACCUCUGCCUUAAAUAUCGAUCCCGACAACGAAAAAGCUCUCUUUAGACGAGGACAAGCAUACAUUCAAUUGCGAGAGCCCGAGUUGGCCAGACAAGACUUUACAAGGUGUUUAGAGAUAGAUCCGAACAACACAGCUGCGAAAUCUCAACUAACCAUUUGUUCGAAAACGUUGAAGGAACAACUACAGAAAGAGAAGAAGAUUUACGCCAAUAUGUUCGACAAAUUCGCCAAAAUGGACACGCAGAGGGAAGAAUAUGAGAACAGAAAACUGCCCAAUGUGAUGAGCUCCGUCGGCGAAUGGGGUCAGGAAGACAGAGAAAGAGAACCCAGCGAAUUUGAAAAGGAAAAUCCCGACAUUAUUCUACUAAAUAAAACUGGCGAGUUUAAAGAUAUGUAAACAUUUUGUAUUUCAAUAAAUUUAUUUAAAAUC